CUUUUCUGCCUCCAGAAUCCAGGUAGCCGAGGGAUGGCUGGCGUCUCAUCGCAAAGUCACAAACGGAAAAUCUGAGAGCAGGAGGAGAUAAAUCGAGAGAGGGAGCAAGGAGGGAGAGAUGGUCCAGACGGAGCCGGGGGGCAUUAAACGCACCAACGACCCGAACUGACCGGCAUUCAUGCCCCGCGUCGUCCUGCCUGCCUGCCUGCCUGCCUCUAGGCUCAGCUCCCCUCCCCGUGAAGUAGACUGCAAAAAAAGACGUCGUCGCACGUACUCGUACAGUACAGACGCAGGCGAGGCAACCAACACCGCACGGUCCGCACCACAGCGCUCAGCACUAUCGCCUCGCCAGCCGCCACCACCGCAACGCAAAAGCCAGCGCUAGCGUCCGACCACCGCAAGUCCCAACCCAACAAAAGGUCGUUGUUGUUCGUAGAGGGAGCUCGAUCCGCAGCCAUGGUGUCGUCCCCGUCCCCUUCCCCUCCUACCUUCACAUCCGCGGUGUCCGAGACCAAGCGGCAUGCUGGUGCCCCGACGACGGCCUCCGAGAAGCUGGACCAGAAGUACGCCCACUCCGCGACGCCGCUCCACGGCCACGGCCACGGCCACGGCGGCGCCAAGAAGACGCCGCGGCGGGGGAGGAGCGAAGGCGGCGCCGCCGACUCGGCUGCGUAUGUCGCGGCGGUGUCGUGCUCCGACUGCCGCUUCAAACAGCGGGCACUGGCGCCGGCGUCGCCGGGAGCCGUCAUCCGCUCGCUGUUCGUCUCCCUCACCCGACGGUCCACCCCGCGCUCCUCGCCGUCUCCCACGUCGGCCUCGGAAGGCGACGGGGGUGAGGGAGAACAGUGGCGCCUGGCCGCGGCCGACCUCUCGCGGCGGCUCGCCGCCGCCACGCGGACGCGGGACGACGCGGUGGAGGAGACCUCGCGGCUGAAGCAGUCCCUCGCGGAGCUGGAGCUCAAGCUCGCGCGCCUCGAGGCCCGCGUGCUCCCCACGCCGGCCGCCGCCGUCUUCCCCGUCGAGUCCUUCCUCCGCGCCGUCUCCACUGCGCGCGCCACCGUGCGGAACCUCACGCGCGCGCUCUCCACCCACCUGCGCAGCCCCGCGAGCCCCGGCCCCAACCUCGAGAGCUUCCUGAACCGCGCCUUCCACGCGGACUUCGAGCUCGACACCGAGGGCGACGUCCACACCGCGGACCCGGCGGGCCGGUGCGAGGCCAACCUCGCGGCGUACCACGCCGUGGCGGCGCUGACCUGGGAGGAGGUGCUCAUCCACGGGACGAAGCACUACAGCGACGGGCUGAGCCGGUUCUGCGACGCCAAGAUGAGCGAGGUGGUGUCCUCCCUCGGGUGGGCGCGCGCGCGCCCCUGGCCGGAGCCGCUGCUGCAGGCCUUCUUCCUGGCGGCCAAGGGCGUGUGGGGGGUGCGCCUCCUGGCGCGGUCCGUGCACCCGCCGCUGCCCGUCGUGCGCGUGGACCGCGGCGCGCGCUUCGACUCGCGGUUCAUGGAGGACGCCGCGGCCUCGCGCGCCGGGCGGCUGGAGCCGACCAGCGUGAAGAUGAUGGUGGCGCCGGGGUUCCACGUGUACGUCGCCGGCGCCGGCGUGGUGAAGUGCAAGGUCGUGUGCUUCUACAACAACAGCCGCACCGGCAGCCACAUAAUUGGCGGGAGCAGCGCCAACGGCGGCGAGGGGUUGGGAGGUAGCUGUAGCAAUAUGAAUGGGGGUGGUACGGACUCGGUGAAGAGCUGUCAGAGUAGCAGAGUAUAGUCAAAAAAAGACACGAGGAUUGUUAUUUGCGUGGUAAAAACAGGACUUGCAUUCAAUUGAUGUGUGAAUAUGGGGUGUCAAUUCCGCU